UCAGAAACAGUGAAAGAUGAUUGAAACUUUCUGUGACUUGUAAAUAAUGGUUUAUGUGUUUAUUAUUUUAACAUAAAAGUUUUUAAGAGUUUACCAAGUGAUUUUUAAAGCAAUUUAUUUUGAAAAAAUGUCUCGACAUUCCCACGGUCCUAGGAGCAGUACGAGCCCACAUUCAAGGUCUGAGAGCCAUCUAAUGAAUUAUAGCGAAGAAAUAACUGACGCCGAACUUAUAAAGCAGGUCAACGAUAUAAAACAACAAAUACGAAUCCUCUCGCUCGAAAACGAGAUCUUCGAACGAGUCAUAAUGAGGUUGGAGCCAACGUUGAUGCAUGGAAUCCAACAGGCGUUGGACUACGCCACCAAGCUUCAGAGCAGCUCGCCCUUGAGCAUUGGAAGCUUUGUCAAGUCCCAGACGUCAAGAUAUGGCUUUGAUUCCGUCAUUACCAGUCCUUCGAGAAUGUUCACGAGUCCAUCAAGAGUAUCCACCCGAAGAGUGGAUUCCUCAGCCAAAGUCAGCGGGACUGUCAUAUUCGGGACUGGUCCACGGAUCAACGUGCUGGAGAGGUCAGAACUAGUCUCCGCAGAGAUGGAGAUUCUGAUAGCUAAUCUGGAGAAGGCGAGGAAGAAGGCGGCCAAACAACACGCGUUUCUGAAAGCGCAGCUUGAAGAAAUUGGUGUUCGAGAAACUGAUAUUGAAAAGGCAUCGGAAAUGUUUAAACAAGAAGUAAUAGUUGAGGGAUGGGACAAGAUAGCGCAAAGAAUUCCAGCUGAAAUUUGGAUAAGAUUUAUGACUGAAUGGGUCAAAAUAUCAGACAGCCACAUUGGAAAGUUCAGACUCAGAACCAGUACUUUGAACUCACAGUAUAGCAAACUAAAAGGACAAAUCAAAGUCAAAGCUGAACUAAGCGAAAGCUUACGUGCCGUGGAUUUUGACAAAUUAAAAAUAGAGAAUAGCGAGUGUUUGAAAACCAUUGAUUACAAACUACAGCAAUUGGGUGAGCUAAAGAAAAUGACUGGUGACGCAAAUUUGAAUCUAACGGUACAUAAAAAAGCAAUGAUGCAACAAAAUGGUUACCUAUCUAACAUACUACAAUCUAUUAAAGAGAAACAGAAACAAACAGCGGAAUUAGACAAAGAAAAAGAUGUAAUUAAAGUUCAAGCGGAGAGUUUGUCCCAAAGGCUCGACGAUGUUAGGAAAGUCAGACUUGCAUACGAAGUACCAGAUAUAAUGGACUAUGUUAACGUUAAAUCUGAGGUUGCAGAUUUAAAACAUAGCGUCAAAUUGUUAGAAAAUAGAGUGCACAUACAGGAAAUAGCGUUGGCUUCUUUGAAUAAGAAGUUGAAAUCGAUUAUUUCGAACGAAAUGUAAAACAGUAAUACGUUUUUUUUUUUUGAAUUAUUUCUUUUGUUAAUCGUGUCGCAAAUUAAUGUGACAAAUCUGUUGAAUUAAAUACUUAUAUUUUUGUGUUUUACUCAA